AUGGACACAUUUCUAGCUCUGCCUCCCUCGGCUUAUUUUUGCAUUGCCGCAGUUUCUAUUUUUGUCCUCGCACACCGAUAUUCAGCCCAUCCGACAGGCAGCAGAGAGCCUCCAUUCAUACCGUCUCGUCUGCCCUUAAUCGGUCACUUGAUUUGCAUGCUCUGGUACGGUAAAGACUACUACCGUAUGAUAGACGAAAAGUACGGCUACGACAUCUACACUCUCCCCAUUUUUGGCCAGAGCUUCUACGUCGUCGCAGGCCCUUCCAUGGUCGCGGCCGUCAAUCGCAUUCCCAAAGCAGUAUCUGUUCACCCAAUUUCAUCUGCUUUGACCCAGUCCAUCAGCGGCUUGCCUGAAAAGGUUGGCCAAGUCAAUUUAGUGGACGAAGAUGACCAAGAUAUACACAUCGCCCACCACGACAUACUGUAUAGUAUGCUUCCCCAAGGUACCUCAAUGGAUGAAAUCGCGCAAGAGCUACUUAACGGAGUAGCCAAAAAUUUGGAUUACCUGAGCGAGAACCAACUUGACCUGUACCUGUUUACUAGAAGACUUGUUGGCACUUCUAUCAUGAGCGCAUUAUAUGGACCAGGAUUUCCGGUGGAAGAUCCCUCGUUUGUUUCCGACUACUGGGCCUUUGAUCCUAAACUUCUGGAUAUCAUUGUCAGCCCGUUCCCUCAAAUUACGGCACCCAAAGCCUAUCAUCUCCGGGAAACGCUUGCAAAGAAGUUUAUUACAUUUUUUGAGAACGGCCUUGACAAGAGUGCUAGCUUUAUGAUGCGGACACGUUAUGAGUUGUACCGCAAAUACGGCUACACUCUUGAAGAUAUUGCUCGCACAGAGGUCAUUUUCACCGUAGGAAUACUGUCAAACUCUUCCAUCACGGCUUUUUGGUAUCUUUCGUAUGCCCUAUCUGAUCCAAACCUAUUCAAAGAACUCUCCGACGAGGCCUCGAAAGCAUGCGUAAGAGAUGGCGAUGAAGCCGUCGUUGACAUGACGAAAAUCCGCUCUACGAGCGACUGUCCCCUUUUAAAUUCGGUUCUUCGCGAAAUCCUCCGCCAUAUUAUGCAUAGCGGUGCUCCGCGCAAAAUCCUCUCCGACACCAUGGUGAACGACCAAUACCUACUCAAGAAGGGCUCGUUCCUUAUGACUGAAGCCUCCGUGCUCCACAACAGAACCAGCAUCUGGGGUGAUGACGUUGCGGAGUUUAACCCACGCCGCUUCUACAACUCGCCCAACGGAACAGCAUCGGACGGAAAAAGGGUCCACCCAGCAGCGUACCGCGCUUUCGGCGGGGGUGAUGUGCUAUGUCCCGGUCGUAACCUGGUGCGCGAUGGGAUAAUUGGCCUCGCAGUGGCAGUCUUAUUGGGCUUCGAUGUGACAAACGUUGAUGGAAGCCCGCUUACGAAACCACAAAUUCGCUACGAUAAGAUGCCUACCAGUGUGUUUAAACCUGCUCAUGAAGUUCCUGUUUGCAUACGCAGGAAGGCUGGCUGGGAGAAUGUUCAGUGGGAGUAUCGGCUCUGAAGAGAAAACGCGGUUUCAGAUCACGGAUGAAUAUUUGUACAGAAAAGGCAGAGUAGUAAGCAGAGGAAGUCAUAAGUAGUAUGGGGACCUUGAAGAAGCUAUACGGUAAACCUUGUAAUAGUAUUGUAGUAUGGAAGUUAAGGAGAACUGUUUAUUCAUUUGUCUGGUAUGAAACGGUGGUUUGCUGGUCACGAAGACAUACAAUAAUGACAUGGCGCCGAAAAAUGGAAGACGUUCUAGAAGCGG